GUAGAUAACAAAAGAAACGUCAGUGUCACUUCUAUCAAUAAUUAACCUAAACGUCACUAGUCUGUGACGUCAUGCCCACUACGAUGCGUGAAUUACUAGCACAAAUGAUUUAUUAACACCAGCCAAAAUGAAGAAAAUUAUGAAUUUGUGAUAACCGUAUUACUAGUCAAAUAAACCAAAAUUAUUUUUAAAGAUGUCAAAAUUUGUCUCGAAUGUCAAUAUGCUGGAUAUUGAUAAAAUCGAGGAUUAUGAUCCGGCGGUUGGGGAUCCCCUGGUUUUGGAAGAUAUUUACCAGAUAAACUGGAAGGAGUUUGCAUGCGGUUGGAGCGCUGCUUUUAUUAACAUUACAAUAACCUAUCCCAUAAACAAAGUGAUUUUUCGCCAGAUGUUACAUGGCGUUAAUGCAUUAAGUGCGUUUCGUCAACUGCAAGAAGAGGGAAUGUUUUAUUUAUAUAGAGGCAUGUUGCCUCCCUUGUGCCAGAAGACUCUUUCGAUGUCUUUAAUGUUUGGGAUUUAUGAGGAAGUGCGGCGGCCGCUUAUGCUGUCAGGUUAUAACGGUUAUUUAUCAAAGUUUGCCGGGGGCAUGAUUGCGGGGACCACCGAGGCGAUUUUGAUGCCUUUUGAGAGGAUACAGACGUUGCUUGCAGACGCACAUUACCACAAGGAGUUCAGGAAUACACUGCAUGCAUUUAAGGUUGUAGGGCUCAAUCAUGGAUUCAGGGAAUACUACCGAGGCUUAGUCCCGAUUUUGCUACGAAAUGGACCCUCUAAUGUAGGCUUUUUUGUCAUCAGAGAAGAAGUACAAUUCUACAGACCGAGAUUUGACUCAAAGUUCUAUGAAACUCUUAGUGAAUUUUUUUGUGGUGCUAUGAUAGGUGUGUUUUUAUCUAGCGUGUUUUAUCCACUUAAUGUACUCAAAGUUGCGAUGCAGAGUAAAAUUGGUGGCAAUUAUGAGAAUAUUUUUAAGGUUUUAGUACAAAUUUAUAAUGAAAGAGGUAGGAAAAUUAGGUAUAUUUAUCACGGUGUUCAAACCAACUGUACGAGAGCAUUUAUCAGUUGGGGAGUGAUGAAUGCAGCAUAUGAAAAUUUAAAAAGUCUUGUAUCAUAAAUGUUGUUCAAUUUGUGUGAGGUUUAAUGUAACUACAACUCAUAAGAUCACUUGUUUCUUUAAGCAAAGUAUUUUUUUAAACUGCUAUUUAUUUAUACAAUAAAGAUUUUUUUGUUGAA